AUGCCACACGUCUCGUCCAGUGGCGGAGAUGAUCUCGGCAGCACCGAUGAGGUUAAGGUGUUCAAGGACGAGGGUGACGGGGAGGACGAAAAAAGGUCCUCUGAGAACCUCACCGAGGAGAAGAGCAGUCUUAUCGACCUCACAGAGUCUGAGGAAAAAUCAGGAGGCGGAAACUACAAUUCCAUCGUCAAAAAUGUACAGCGACCAGAUCACAGUCCCGUGUUCGGAACAGACGAACAAAACGUAGAUGAAACAAUCAUAAAAGAAAAUGAUGCAGCCACAGUCGAUGCAGACAAUAAAUCGGAGAGAAAGACAGAAGAAAAGAAAACUGAAGAAAAUCCAACAACUAUAAUAGAGGAAAAACAUGAUGAAGAAGAGUAUCAAGUUAAACAGAAGUCAAAACAAGGAAGAGAAGAUAAAAAAGACAAUUUUGUGAAAAUAUGA